AUGCUCAAAGAACUUAGGUUGAAUGCUUAUGAAAAUGCUCAAAUUUAUAAAGAUAGGACUAAGAAAUUGCAUGAUAGGCGCAUACUUAGGAGAGAAUUCAAAGGAGAGCUUGUGCUCCUCUUUAACUCUAGAUUAAGAUUAUUUCUUGGAAAACUCCGUUCCCGAUGGUCAGGACCAUUCGAAGUCACUAGAGUUUUCCAAAGUGGCGCAAUAGAAAUAAAGAGCCAAUCCAAUGAAACCUUCACAGUCAAUGAGCAACAAUUAAAUUAUGCAUGCAGAAACACUACACAAACAUGGGAGGAGGUGACAAAAAUUCCAACAGAUGAUGAUGGACAUCGAUGGAGAAAGUAUGGCCAGAAAAAGAUCAACAAUUCUCAAUACUCAAGGAACUACUAUGUCUAUAGGUGUACUCACAAGUAUGAUCAAAGUUGCCUAGCAACCAAACAAGUGCAUAGAAUUCAACAAAAACCUCCCUUAUAUAAGACCACAUAUUAUGGCCACCACACUUGUGGAAAAUACAUGUCUAACCCUCACAUCAUACUUGAUCCUAAUAUUCACACUAAUUCCUCCAUAUUGCUUAGCUUUAACAACACAUUCCCUAAUCCAACAAAACAAGAAUGUCCAUUUUUAUCAUCAUCAUCAUCAUCAUUAUUAUCAACAUCACCAUCUCUUUCCUCAUCACCUAAUUCAUUGGAGUAUAAGGAUGAUGUUCCCUCAUCUUCCUUAGAUGAUAAUUUGCUUUCUCCUAAUCCCACUUUAGAUGAUUCUAUUUCUACAAGGCAUGUUAGUACUAUUACUAUAUCAUCAACACUUGAUGAAUUUGAUCACAAGGAUAUGAUGUAUGGGUUCUCAAAUGAUUUUGUUGAGUUUGAUGAUGAUUUCUUUCACCCUUUUAAUGGGUUUUCAUGAUCAAUAUCCUAUGUUUUAUAUAUUUUAAGUAUUCAUAGAGUAUGAAUUUGUAAUUUCCAUUGUAAAGUGG